CUCAUUUCUCGUAUCCCGAUCUCUUCUCUUCUCUUCUCCGGUCCCCACCACAAUCCACGACUGCCGCCGCCGUCGCGCCUCAGUUCCCUUUACCCUGCUGGAAGUGGUUGGUCAGUCGACCCAUGACUCUUUGGAAUCAUUUCAACAGAGGAAGCGGAAAAAUCUGCGUGUUUGUACGUAGUGGUGCUAGCGAGUUGUGCGUUUUUGGGUGGUUAUUAGUUCAAGUUAAGCUCAUGUGAAUCUGGGGAUAAUAAUAAUAAAAAAAUUUGUUAUUCAGAGAAGAAUAAAGAAAAUGACAAAAGAUUCUGACUUCAGGUCUCAUAAGAUCCUGGUGCAAGUCAACACAAUAGCUCGGUAGUUCCGAAGAGCCUCUUCUGCAAAUCAAGCACUAUGGCCGACAAUGAGAAUGUAGAUGAAAAGACUUCCCGUGGCGCUGAUUGGGAGGUUGUAUCUCUCACAGCAUCAACAUAUGCUGCUGCUCCUGGUCCAGAUGAAGUUGAGUUGAAGGAUGGCAACAAGGAAGACAUACAUGCACAGGAUGAAGCAGAAACGUCACGCGCAUUGUUCAUGUCUGGCCACUUUGUCUUUCCACCCAGUCAACAUGAGAACUUGCCCGUGGAGCCUGACUGUAGCGAGAUUCAUGACGAAUCUGGAAGCAAAGAUGUUGCAUCUGAGAGUACUAAUGAAGAAGGGACCAGAUCUGUUGGAAAGGGUGAAGAAAACUUGACAUUCCCAGGGUUAAAUGUUUCAGAGGAUUUUGAGGGUAUACCAUAUUUUGAUGAGAAAAUCAGCAGGUUGUCUGUUUAUGGGAAACAGUUUGAGGAAGGUACAACUCUACCCGGUUUUGAUUUGACUGGAAAAGAGGAAACUUUGUAUGACUCUGCAAAAUACACUUCUUUCCACAGUGAAACGGCCAUUGGUGGUGUACCAUAUGGAGAAAUCAUAGGUGAGGCUGAAACAGAGCAAGGGUCAAAUACCUCUCCCAAUUUAGCGGAAUCAAAGACACCUUCUGAAGAUGAUAAAUGCAGCUCUUCAAAUCUUCCUUGUGGUGCUUGGUGGAAGCGAAGAGCUGCCUCCUUAUAUGCUCAUGCAAAAGAUACAAGCACAUUUUGGUCUGUUUUCAUUGCUGCUGCAGUGAUGGGCCUUGUGAUGCUUGGGCAUCGCUGGCAGCAGGAAAGAGCUUUGCAACUCAAGUGGCUUAGUGUAAAUGAUGAGCAGGCAAGAAGCAGGGUACUUGUUCCCUUAUAUCGGCUCAAAGAUGUGAUUGUUGGUGGCCACCGUCGUGGUUCCUUGAUUAGGGGAGGCUCCUCCGGUGAAACUUGAGAGUAUUGCUCGGUGCAUGUAGCUCCAACUAUUGUGAAAACUAAAGAUGAUGACGAAAAAUUGUGGGUGCGAAAAAGGCUGUGAAAGAGAAAUGCUAAGGUUGUCUGAAAUGCAGGUUUGACAUUAGGAUAGGUCAAGUUUCCAAUUUAUCAUGGCUAUUGUGCUGGCUUGGGACUAGGAUUGGUUGACCUUCCAUUCUGUGAAUGUUGUGAAAAUAUUUCAUAUUGUGAAUUUUCUUGAUCUCUGCUGUGAUUUGCAAUGUAUAGCUAUGGAAUGUUAUUCAACAUAGUAAGUUUGUUUCAUUCUGUUUAUCGACAUUACAUUUUAUGCACUAAGGAUGAGAUGAAAAUGAAAAUGAAAUUGUAACAGAAUUCCAUGUCAGCCGAUACUGUUCUGAUGAUCUUUUUUCUUUUUACAACCAGAGUAUCUGUUGUUAUUGUUAA